AUGAUGUUCGACACCAAGAAAGAGGAUGGCGAAAUCGCGCCAUCGUCGAUAAUCCCGUCAGACCAAGCCUCGGACGGGGAACAGAUCGGUCAGGUCCGGGAACUCACAGACGUCGAGAAGGCUCGGAUGCAAGAUGGCGAAGCCCAUUUUAACCGACUCGGUUGGAAACGGUUGACGGUCAUCCUCAUUGUGGAGGCUAUCGCUCUUGGGAGUCUGGGUAUGCCCGCGGCCUUUGCGACGCUUGGAAUGAUUGCCGGCACGAUCCUUUGUGUUGGACUGGGCCUGCUGGCCAUCUACAGCAGUUAUGUCGUCGGACAGGUCAAGAUAAAAUACCCUCACGUGCAACACUACGCCGACGCUGGACGGUUGAUGAUGGGCAAAUUCGGUUAUGAGCUGAUUAGUUUCAUGUUCGUCUUGCAACUCGUCUUCCUCGUAGGUUCGCACACGCUCACGGGCUCGAUUGCGUUCCUCAACCUCACAGAUGACGGCGCGUGCUCGAUUGUUUUCGGCAUCGUGUCCGCUAUCAUCCUGCUCCUACUGGCUCUGCCACCCUCGUUCGCCGAAGUGGCGAUCCUUGGGUACGUCGACUUCGCAUCCAUCAUCCUUGCCAUUGGCAUUACGAUCAUUGCGACAGGUGUGCAGCGAAGCGAGAUGAAGAUGGCAUCAGACUGGUCCGCGUGGCCCGCUCCAGACGCCGGCUUCGUCGACGCCUUCAUUGCCGUCACGAACAUCGUCUUCGCCUACAGUUUCGCCAUCUGCCAGUUCUCGUUCAUGGACGAGAUGCACACGCCCAAGGACUUCGUCAAGUCGAUUUGGGUGCUUGGAAUCAUCGAGAUCAUCAUCUACACCCUGACUGGGGCGCUGAUCUACUCCUUUGUCGGCCAGGACGUCAAGUCCCCCGCUCUCCUAUCUGCCGGACCCCUCCUGUCCAAGAUCGCAUUUGGUAUCGCCUUGCCCGUCAUCUUCAUUUCGGGAUCAAUCAACGGCACUGUUGCUGGCCGAUAUAUCCACGGUCGCGUUUACAAGGACUCUGUUAUCCGGUAUAUCAACACCCCCAAGGGCUGGAUCUCAUGGAUCGCGCUUAUCGCGUUCCUAACCAUUAUUGCCUGGGUUCUUGCUGAGGCUAUCCCGUUCUUUGAGGACUUGCUGGCCAUCUCGUCAUCUCUCUUCAUUUCGGGCUUCACCUUUUACUUCCCCGCCAUGAUGUGGUUCAUGUUGAUUCGCCAAGGCUCCCCUUUCGCCAAGGAAAAUUUGGUAUGGACUGUCUUGAAUGCAGUGUGCUUCAUAAUAGGAAUCGUGAUUCUCGUGGGUGGAACAUAUGCCAGUAUCGAGGAUAUUGUAAGUGCCUUCUCUCGUCCGUUUCUAGCAGCUUUAGCCUAG